AUGGGUGUUACGGAAACUUCCCGGUCUGACCAUUCCCAAAAAAGGCAGUCACACACCCAGGGCCAAAGGCUUUCCCUGCUGGAAGCGCAGCCCCUGCACGGCUCCAGCGACCCGUACGGUCGCCUCCUGACCCAGCCUCUCUCCUCCGCUCGAGUCUUCGGCUUCAUCCCCCCCACCAUGUGCAAUGACUUGGCCGGCGUCACCGGUCUUCAUCUCCUUUGUAACCCGAAAGGGCAGAGCCCAGAGCGAGAGAGGCGAGAGCUGCUGGAGCGCUGCCGCAGCCUCGGGCCCGGCCGGAGCAGCGCGGGCCGUGCCCCGGGGCCGUCCGAGGGCAGGAGGAGCCCGGGGCCGUCCGAGGGCAGGGAGAGCCCGGGGCUGUCCGAGGGCAGGGAGAGCCCCGGGGCUGUCCGAGGUCAGGCAGAGCCCGGGGCCGCCCGAGGGCAGGAAGAGCCCGGGGCCGCCCGAGGGCAGGGAGAGCCCGGGGCCGCCGGCCGCCUCACGGGCCCGCGCAGCCUCCUUCGGGGAGCCCGCCGAGGCCUCGCCCGUUCCCGCGCCCGUUCCCGCGCCCGUUCCCGCGCCCGUUCCCGCGCCCGUUCCAUAGGUCUCCGCCCUCGGUCGUUCCCCGCGUGCCGCGGCCUCGCGUGGCGCCGCAGGCGCGUGGGGGACGCGGUUCUCUCGUUGCCCGUGGUUAUGCUGCUGCCGCGGUUCUGUUGCUGCCGCGGUUCUGCCGUUCCCCGGAGCCGGCGCUCAGAGCUGCCUAACCCUCUCUGGGAGCAGCAGCUUGUUCCGCGUUGGGAGCACUGCGCGUCCGUGCCGCCUUCUCGGAGGUUUCUGGCCGCAGCCACCGCGUGGGGCGAAUUCGUCUGCGCAAGCAGCGCCCGGGUCCUUCCUUGCUGCCGGGUUGCCCCCAGCAGGGCCAUGGCGUUGCACGCCCUGCAGAAGAGACUCAGGGGGCUCUUCAGCGAUAGGCGACAGCAGUCGCCAUCCAGCAGCCCGUCUGGGCAGCCCUGUGCCACCACCAGCGGUGCCGCCGAGCACAGGGAGAAGGUCCAGGGCAGGCUGCACCGCGCGGCUGCCCGCGGCGACCUGGCCUGGCUCAGACGGUGGCGCUGGUAUUAUAAGAGAGUCGGCAUCGACCCGCCAGACCAGCAGAGGCGGACGCCUCUGCAUCUUGCUUCUGCGAAUGGCCACGCAGAUGUCAUUAGAUAUCUAGCAGGAAAGAACUGCAAGCUGGAUGUGGCUGAUAACUUAAAAAGAACUCCACUGAUGAGGGCAGUACAGUGCCAGCAAAAGAAAUGUGUGGCUGUUCUGCUAGAACAUGGUGCUGACCCAAAUCUGGCAGAUGCUGAUGGCAACACUGCCCUUCACCUGGCUGUCCUGUCUGGUAACACCACUGUAGCAGGGCUGUUGCUUGAGCACAAUGCCAGUAGUGAUGCUGAGAACCAGGAGGGAUAUACCCCCUUAAAGCUUGUCUCCAAGCAGCAUGAAGAGAUGCUGGAGUGUCUUCUAAAAAAAGCAGGUGAUGGGUGUGCUGCUGAGCAGUGUGAAAGGACUGCUCUUGCGGUUACUACAAGCCAUGAGGCUGAUGUGGAGGAAGAGAACCUGCGCUUGCAGGAAGACAAACUGCACUUGGAGGAAGAGUUGGAGAAGGUUAAAGUGGAGUUGCAGGAGAUGGAAGAGAAAUAUCUAAAUUCUGAGCGUUGUGUUCAGAACUUGAUGGCUGCCUUGGAGGAGAAAAAUAGACAAGAGGUAGCUGCUACCCUGGAACUGGAGGACCAGCUGUCGGCAUACGUUGAGUACCAGAGUACUGUGAAACAACUGGAAGAACACAUGCUACGCCUUGAAAUUCAGAAUGCCAGAUUGGAAGCCACUGUCCAGCAACAAAGCAACAGGACUGAAGCCCUGCAGAGAGACCAUCAAGCCUCUGCCUCAUUGCAGGAGAUGGAAGAGAAAUAUUUAAAUUCCGAACGUUGUGUUCAGAACUUGAUGGCUGCCUUGGAUGAGAAAGACAGACAAGAGGUAGCUGCUGCCCAGAACCAGGUGUCAGCAUAUUUUGACUACCAGACUACAGUGAAACAACUGGAAGAACACGUGACACGCCUUGAAAUUCAGAAUGCCAGAUUGGAAGCCACUAUCCAGCAACAGAACGACAGGUUUGAAGCCCUGCAGAGAGACCUACCAGCCUCUGCCUCAUUGCAGGAGAUGGAAGAGAAAUAUCUAAAUUCUGAGCGUUGUGUUCAGAACUUGAUGGCUGCCUUGGAGGAGAAGGAAAGAGAAACAACUGCUUCUGCCAAGAAACUGCAGGACCAGGUGUUGAAAAAUUUGGAGACUGUGAAACAACUGCAAGAAGAGAUGCAACGCCUUGGAUUUGAAAAGACCUGUUUGGAAGCAACUGUCCAACAACAAAGCAGCAGGAUUGAAGCUCUGCAGAGAGAGCGUCGAGCCACUACCUCAGCACAGGCAGCCUCCCAGGAGAGACUGGAACACAUCAAAGCAAGUCAUCAUGCUUCUCGGAGAAACCAGCUAAAAGACAGAAUUGGAGAUCCUGAAUGUGAAUUGAACAAGAUAAAAAAUACUCCACAAGACAGUACUUUCCCAGAAGAAUGUGCACAGGCAGAAGUGGAAGAGGACAAGGAGCUGUAUCCGGAGGAAGUGAAAACUAGACGAUGCCUAGCAAAGAAAGUGGAAAGGCAAGUCCAUAUUUUUUUGGAGUGGUAA